GCAGCUGUGGCCUGGCUGCCCACCUCCUUCCUUCCCAGCCAGGAGCACUGCUGCAGCGCCGAAUGGAGAGCCCCACAGCCAGCGGCCUUUCGGGUGGCAAUGCAGGUAAUGGGGAUAUGAAGGAAGAACCAGCCACACAACUGGAUCGCUGCCACAGGCCCAUGGCCCUGGGAGGUACCGGGGGCUCCCUGUCUCCCAGCCUGGACUUCCAGCUCUUCCGAGGUGACCAGGUCUUCUCAGCCUGCAGACCACUUCCAGACACAGUGGAUGCUCAUGGUCCAUCCUGUGCCAGCUGGCUGUGUCCCUUGCCCCUGGCACCAGGCAGGUCUGCGCUGCUGGCCUGCCUACAGGACCUGGACCUGAACCUGUGCACCCCACGGCCGGCACCCCUGGGCACAGCCCUGCAGGGCCUCCAAGAGGACACCUUGAGCAUGAAGCAAGAGCCACCAGGGCUGCAUGCCAUCUCCACCGAUGAUAAGAAACUCACACUCAAGUACCCACGGAACAAGGACAAGCUGAGAAAACAGCCAGAAAGAGCUGGCGAUGGGGCCCCCUGCCCCGCCUUCUCUCCUCAUAACAGCUCUUGCCCACCACCACUGCAGAACAGAAAGAGCCCCAGCCCCUUGGCUUUCUGCCCCUGCCCCCCUGCCAACUCCAUCUCCAAGGAGUUCCCAUUCCUCCUCCACACCUUCUACCCUGGAUACCCACUUCUCCUGCCUCCACCCCACCUAUUCACCUAUGGGGCCCUACCUUCUGACCAAUGUCCCCACCUCCUCAUGCUGCCUCAAGACAACUCCUACCCCACAAUGGCUAUGCCUAGCCUGCUGAUGAUGGUCAAUGAGCCUGGGCACCCCAGCACUCGGUGGGAGACCCUGCUUCCCUACCCAGGGGCCUUCCAAGCCUCUGGCCAAGCCCUGCCUUCCCAGGCCCGAAAUCCAGGUGCUGGAGCUGCCCCAACCGACUCCCCAGGCCUGGAGCAUGGUGGCAUGGCAUCUCCAGCAAAGCGAGUCCCACUGAAUUCCCGGACAGGCACUGCAGCCUUGCCUUACCCACUGAAAAAGGAGAAUGGCAAAAUCCUGUACGAGUGCAACGUAUGUGGCAAGAGCUUUGGGCAGCUCUCCAAUCUCAAGGUCCACCUGCGUGUGCACAGUGGAGAGCGUCCAUUCCAGUGUGCCUUGUGCCAGAAGAGCUUCACCCAGCUCGCCCACCUGCAGAAGCACCACCUGGUGCACACUGGGGAGCGGCCCCACAAGUGCUCGAUACUGUGGGACUCAGGGAGAAAUCACUGGAAGAGCUUCCAGGCCUGGAGGGAAAGAGAGGUGUGCCACAAGCGCUUCAGCAGCUCCAGUAACCUCAAGACCCACCUGCGCCUUCACUCAGGGACCCGGCCCUUCCAGUGCAGCGUCUGCCGGAGUCGCUUCACCCAGCACGUCCACCUGAAGCUGCACCAUCGGCUGCAUGCCCCACAGCCCUGUGGCCUGGUGCACACCCAGCUGCCCCUGGCCUCUCUGGCCUGCCUUGCCCAAUGGCACCAGGGGGCACUAGAUCUUACGGCGGUGGCAUCAGAGAAACACGUGGGCUGUGACAUAGACGAGGUCAAAGUGUCCUCAGCAUCCCAGGGGAAAGCAAAAGCAGUGAGCCUGAGCAGUGCUGGGACUCCCCUGGGGAGGGGGCAGGGCCAGAACAAUUAAAAAUGUUUCUUCUCUCA